GUAUCCGUGCAGCCAGACGGGGGUAACUGUAGUCACCGGUCCAUCAGCAGCAGCAGCAGCAGAGAAGUCAGGGACAGAGGGGGACUGAGAAGGAUCAGCAGCAUCCCUGGAGAGUUAGCCACAUACGCAGUGAGAAGAUGACUCUGGCAGCCUACAAAGAGAAGGUCAAAGAGCUCCCCCUGGUGUCUCUGUUCUGUUCCUGCCUGAACCCACAGACUAUAGACAAACCUACGUACAAGGCAGAAGAUGCUGUGGACCUGGGCUGGUGCGUCAUCAAAGACGUGGAGGUAAUUGAGCUUAAUAAGCGGACAUCUGGCCAAGCCUUCGAGGUCAUCCUCAAGCCCCCGUCGUUUGACGGAGUGCCAGAGCUCAACACUUCCAUGCCGCAGCGCCGCGACCCGUCCCUGGAGGAGAUCCAAAAGAAGCUGGAGGCUGCCGAGGAGAGGCGAAAGUGCCAGGAGGCUGAGCUGCUGAAGCACCUGGCAGAGAAGCGGGAGCACGAGCGUGAGGUGAUCCAGAAGGCCUUCGAGGAGAACAACAACUUCAUCAAGAACGCUAAGGAGAAGCUUGAGCAGAAGAUGGAGGCAAACAAGGAGAAUAGGGAGGCCCUGCUUGCAGCCAUGUUGGAGAGGCUGCAGGAGAAGGACAAACACGCAGAAGAAGUGAGGAAGAACAAGGAGAUGAAGGAGGAAGCCUGCCGGUAGAUGAGUGGAGAAGAAGACGAAAGAGAGAGCGUGAGACUGGGAGUUUUCUGAGUCGGUAUUAAAAAAAGGAAAUCAAAACAGUGCAAGAAAGAAAAAAGAACUCAAAAGCAACUCGAACAAAGGGAAAAGCUGAGUUUUCAUAUUUGAUGUAUGCUGUAACGAUUCUGAACAAGCUGUACAAAGUUUAGCCAACUCUUGAUGUUGAAAUUCAAAAAGAAAUCUGUCUCUUUUUUUCUAAAGGAAAGGGGUGGGGGUGGGGUGGCAUCAAAACAAACAUUUCAAACUUUUAAAAGAGGAAUGAAGCUGCAUCAGGCAUGAAGAGGCAACAAUUUCAAUCACAACUCUCCCUCAUUCCUGCAGCCACAAAGCAGGAAAUAGUAACUGGCUGUAUAUUUUAUCAUUGCUAACUGAGCUGUGUUUUUCUUGAUGCAUCAGAAGUGAAUGAAACACAGCUAAUGACACCGUUUCUUAGACUAAUGGGGAAGUGAGUUGUAAUCUAAAUUGUCAGUAAAACAUGAAAAAAUGUGUGAUGUGCCUCAACAAAACUGGACACAAAGAUGUAGUUUAGGAGCCCUAGUCAGUCACAACCAAUAUGCGUUAAAGUCCCAGGCUUCUUCAGUCUUUGAUUUACAAGAUACUUACCAGUCAACAAACAUAAACAAGACAUAACGUAAAAGCUUCUGCAUUUUCCAAAGUAAAAAUAGAAAAAUAGAUUUCCCUUGGUCUACCGCUCUCAUGCAAAUUCUUCACUGCACCAUUUUUGGGAUUGUUGACUCUGUCUUGGGACGUCUGAAGCGAAGCUUACAACAUGGUUUAUGAAUAUAAAAUGAAGAAUCAGGCUCUUGUUUCUUUCAGUGCUCGAGGGGAGUGGAAGAAAGAAACUGCUUGAACAUGUGAGAAAGCUAUGCUGUAUUCUGCCACUUUCAGGCUCUUUGUGAAACUUUAACUGUAGUGUAGUUGUAGAUCAGUGACAUGCAUUUGAGUCUUAGAUUUAGAGCACUGAUUGCACUCUUAUUUCAUUAAGCACAACUCAAAAGCACAUAUGCACACUUUCAAGGACAGUGGAUAUAUACAGAUAAACAACAAUAACACCAUAAGGAGGCAAAGUAAUGAGUGGCAGAAGUUGUGAAUUUGGACAAAUUUGGUUUGUAAGAGGGAGUUUGGGGGUUUCUGGCUAACCAGCGGUCUCACUUUGCUUUGGCAUGUGUCACUGUGCGCAGACUGUCAGUUUAUGAUUUCAAAGGGAAUGUAAACCUAAAAGAGUAAACAGAUAAAAUUUGCUCGAGUUGUUGAGUCAUACUGACUUGAUUGAAAUGUCUAAAAUGUUUGCACUGUAACCGGGGAGUCGUCACAUGGGGUUUGUACUUGCUGUAAGUGUGUGUCGCUGUAUAUCUUCAAGGCUGGAUUGAUUGUAUCUAUUUGGCAUGGUCAGUAAAAACAGCUUGACUGAA